AUGUCUGUCUCCGAGCUCAAAGAACGCCACGCCGUCGCUACAGAGACCGUCAAUAACCUCCGUGAUAGACUUAGACAGAGACGACUCCAGCUGCUUGAUACCGAUGUGGCCAAUUAUUCGGUGGCGCAAGGACGUACUCCAGUGAGCUUCGGAACGACGGAUCUGGUUUGUUGUCGUACCCUUCAGGGACAUACCGGAAAGGUUUAUUCAUUGGAUUGGACGCCGGAGAAGAAUCGGAUUGUCAGUGCAUCUCAAGAUGGGAGACUAAUCGUGUGGAAUGCUCUAACGAGUCAGAAAACUCAUGCUAUAAAACUCCCUUGCGCAUGGGUUAUGACAUGUGCCUUCUCUCCAAAUGGUCAGUCGGUUGCGUGUGGUGGAUUAGACAGUGUAUGUUCUAUCUUUAGUCUUAGCUCAACUGCGGACAAGGAUGGGACUGUACCGGUUUCAAGAAUGCUCAGCGGUCACAGGGGGUAUGUUUCGUGCUGUCAGUAUGUCCCAAAUGAGGAUACCCAUCUAAUCACCAGUUCAGGUGAUCAAACAUGUGUCUUAUGGGAUGUAACUACUGGCCUCAAAACUUCUGUUUUCGGUGGCGAAUUUCAGUCUGGACAUACUGCUGAUGUACUAAGUGUCUCAAUCAGUGGAUCAAACCCAAAUUCGUUCAUAUCUGGUUCAUGCGAUACAACUGCUCGUUUGUGGGACUCUCGUGCUGCAAGCCGAGCAGUGCGAACGUUUCAUGGGCACGAGGGAGAUGUUAAUACAGUCAAGUUCUUUCCGGAUGGGUAUAGAUUUGGGACAGGAUCAGACGACGGAACAUGCAGGUUGUAUGACAUUAGGACUGGUCAUCAACUCCAGGUGUAUCAGCCACAAGGUGAUGGUGAGAACCUACCUGUGACCUCCAUUGCAUUCUCUGCCUCGGGGAGACUUCUUUUCGCUGGUUACGCAAACAACAACUCCUGCUACGUUUGGGAUACUCUCUUGGGAGAGGUAGUAUUGGAUUUGGGGUUACUACAAGAUUCACACAAGAAUCGGAUAAGCUGUUUGGGGGUGUCAGCAGAUGGAAGUGCCUUGUGUACAGGAAGUUGGGAUUCAAAUCUAAAGAUAUGGGCGUUUGGAGGGCACAGAAGAGUGAUAUGA